AUGGAAGUUAUUUACGGUUCCAUCUAUGUGGAGAUCGAAUCUGUUCUCGGGCUUUUCCAGGGAGGGACGACCGGCACAACGACCGUAUCAAGAGCAGCCGCAGGUGCUGCAGAGCCGAGACAGAAAGGCACUGCAGGCAACAGCGUUAGCGAUAGCAACGACGCCAUAUUCUUCUCAACUCCGCCAACGAGCGAGGUGAAAGAGGAUAAACGUGGGUCUCUGCCGCAGCGAGAGGUCUCGUCGCACAGCCCAUUUGGUACGGCUCUUUCGUCUAGCUAUGCCUUCUCGGAACAACCAACCCACAUUGGCGGCACUAGAGAUGCCGCACAAGUCUCUGCUUUCGGCAACACGAAGAAUGGGGCGGCAAAGCAUCGCGAGGCGCCGCCGUCAGGUGUGCAUAAUUCCGGUUUCGCGCUGCCGGUCAUAACCGUUCCUUGCCCGCCUCCGUUAACGGUGCGCUUUGGUGAGGUGACGCACCUCAUCGAUACCCAGUCCGCCGCCGCUACUUCCGCGGCCAGCGUUGGAGGGCUGAUGUCAUCCUUGUCUUCGAGUGGGCUGGGUCCAAAAUUCUUUAGCCCAACCACAGGCUGCGCAGCGACUUCAGCGCACUUGAACGGCAGCUCCCCCAGUAGUGUGGGCGGACGCGUUGAAGGACCGACGCCUUUGCUUCGGCUUCCUCGGCACGGCAGCAGCAAGAGCAACGGCAGCAGCAACAACAGUGGUAGUGGGAGUCUCGGCGUCCCACAUGGGAUGCACGCUUCUAACCGCAAAUCGAAGAACCCCUCUACGGGGUCGUCGCAGGACUCGUUGCUCUCUGCCGCUGCUGCGGCGUGGGAGACCGUGCUAGAUAUCGUCGACAACAGCACCGAAAGCGAAGACGGCGACGGCGACGGCGGCAGUCCGGUCACCCCACCGCGCAGCUUCCAUUGGGACUCCGCCUCGUCUGCGACGGAGAACGACGAGGUGCACCACACUGCGGGUUCUGCUGACAGACUAUCACCGACCAAUGCAGACGCACGCCCUGGACGGCUUCCCAUGCUGCCAUCCCCUGAGUACCCCACCACCGCCACCGCCGAUAAAGGCGUCGCACCGCGGCAGGGGACGCUGCUGUGGCUGGCGGAUCACGUACGGAAUGAUCCGAGCGUUCUCUCCGCCAUAACAUGGGUCGGACCGCGGCCUCAACCCGGCUUGGAUGCUGCCGCGCCUGGCAGCGCCGUGGCUGCCUCCGCCUUUGCGUCUGCCUGGUACGCGCGUCUCUUCCCUGACGUCGAGGACGAGCACAACGUGUUGUCGGGUGAUGUGCAGGCCUUACAGUCCGCGUGGCGCAGUCUACGGCGGUGGAGUCCGCGGCUGACGGCCGCCGUCUUCCCACUGCACCAGCGCUUCUCGAUUGUGAAGACAGCGAUCGAGGUGCGGUCGAGCGUCGCUUUUGAUCUGCUCGAAGCGAUGCGACAACGCGCACCGAGGGAAACGGGCAGUCACCCCGACGACAGCGACGCGGAGGUGGGGGCGGGGUAUCUCGCGGUUCGCCUUGCCACCCCUGCUGAGCUCAAGAAGGCGCGCCACGCCGCGCACAAGUCUCUCGUCGGAAGCCACAAAAAGACAAAGGAGGCCGACAGUUUUUUCGCGCAGAUACACCGAUCGUUGUUUACAGGGCACCGGUCCAAAGAGGACAGGCGGUCUAACACAGAGAUUCGCCGCGGCAGUGCUGCUGGCUGCUCCAGUCGUGGACUGUCUCGCGCAUCUCCCACCUCGCCGUCUCAUCACCAGCCGGCGCCAUCACUUCUCCCUGACAUUCCAACUCCCUCGUCCGCAUCGAGCGCGGCGCAGGCGGCACACACCAGCAUCACAAGCCAGAGGAGAAGUAGACUGGAGGCGGGUUCGUUUGCUAUUCGUCUGCAUCUCAGCCGUCUGCUGAGUCCCCUGAUCUUUGACUGGAUGAAAGGGCACCGCACGGUAGAAGCGCAGAAGACGGAGGGAGAGGAGAGCAGCGGAGAUAGCGAGGCAGCGCGUGCGUCAGGGGGUGAUGACACGCGGAACAGUGUGCACCACACCGCGCACGCAGACUCCGGCCGCACCGCGGUGUUCUGUAGGUCUCUCUAUCUACCUUUGCCGCUGUUACCGCCACCAUCAGAGGAGGUGAGGGAGGAGGAGGACGGCUCGUGUGUUGCGAUGAUGCUGAAGGUGAGCGUCCUGUUCAGACCCGGAGUGGAUGCAGCGGAACUGUUUUAA